AUGGGAUUAUCAAGUAUCGAUGCAUCCACUGUUGUUGCUUCCUCUUCCUCACCAUCAACACUUGAUCCAAAUGGAAUAUCGGCAGCAGCUCUAAAAAGAACAAAUAAGACUCACGUCCCGAGUGCGUGUGUCAAUUGUAAGCGCGCUCACUUGGCUUGUGAUGUAUCAAGACCAUGCAAACGAUGUGUAGCACUUGGAAAAGUAGACACGUGUAUUGACAUAAAACAUAAAAAACGUGGUCGUCCCAAACUAAAGGAUAAAAAAACAUAUCCUUAUAGCACUUAUGCUACUGCUGAUGCAAAAACCCACCUCCCACUGAAUCUCUUGUACAAUCGUCACAAUUUAUGA